GUCAGACCAAGUCCAGUGCUAGGGGAAGACGCUGACUCUGUGCUCCGGGAUCAUACUCAUUUCCUACUCCCGCCGGCAGUGAGGACUGGCGGCGACCCUCGGCGACGGCAGGAGAGGCCACGAGGCGGGGCCGAUGGCGCGCAUCCUGGUGGGGCUGAUGACGUGGUGGCGUCCCAUGGUGGCCGUCCUCACGCCCCUCCUCCUCAGCGUCAUCCCAGCGCUCACGGGAUCCUCGGAAGCGCGCUGUGGCUAUGUGAUCCUGAUCAUGGCCGUGUACUGGAUUACCGAAGCCGUGCCCCUCGCUGCCACGGCCCUGGUGCCCGUGUUCGCCUUCCCUCUGCUCGGGGUCCUGUCCACGUCCUCCGUCUGCCUCGUCUACAUGAAGGACACGAACGUCAUGUUCAUGGGCGGCCUCAUCAUGGCGGUGGCGGUGGAGCACUGCAACCUCCACAAGCGAAUCGCGCUCUUUGUCAUGCUGCACGUGGGCCAAAGUCCGCGGUUGCUGAUGGCGGGUUUCAUGAUCACAACAACUUUUCUCUCCAUGUGGAUCUCCAACACCGCCGCCGCCGCCAUGAUUGUGCCUAUUGUUGACGCCGUUGUGCAGGAACUCGGCAAGGGGCAAGAUUUAGACGUGAAGAAGACCCGCGUGGUGGCCGUGCCGCUGGCGGAGGACGCGGUCGUGGCGCCGCGGCACCAGAGUCACUUGGCGCUUUACGAGUCCAACCCUUCUAUCGCAGAAACGGUCUCCACGCCUCGAAAGCAUGCCCUUCUAGACUGCAAGGAGGAGAUCGAGCAGGAAAACUUGGACUGCAAGGAAAGCCUACUCAGUGUUACAUGGUCGGACGAGGCGACGCCGCGGCUGGAUCAGAAGGAGGCGGUGUCCCGAGCGCCCGAGCUGAGCGUCCUGGCGGAGGCAGACGACACCACGUCGGACGCCGUCAGGAAAAUGUUCUUCCUGUCCGUAGCGUUCGCGGCCAACAUCGGCGGCACGGGGUCGCCCCUCGGCUGUGGCCCCAACCUCGUCGUCAUGGGCAUCCUCCAAAGCACCUUCAGUGAACCGACGGAACUAAACUUCGCUACCUGGAUGCUCUUUAACGUCCCCGGGAUGAUCCUCAACAUGGUGCUUGGGUGGUGCUGGCUUCAGAUUCUCUACAUGAAGUGUGGUCGAAACCGGAUACAGACGAGCAGUCGGGAGCGCGACCGGGCCAUGAAAAAGUUCCUUCAGGAGCAUUACGACUCUCUCGGGCGAAUUACUCAGCACGAGAUCGUGGUGCUCGUCCUCUUCAGCACACUCGUCUUCCUGUGGGUAUUUAGGGCUCCGGGUUUCGUCACAGGCUGGGCACAAUUCUUCACAGACAGCUUCGAAGAAAAAGUAAUUGUGAGGGACGCCACACCUGUCAUGUUUAUGGUGUUCCUCUUGUUUUGUAUUCCGGCCCGGACGUCGUGGACUUGCUGCUCCAGCGGUGACAAAGCCAGUGAGACCCGUGACCGCCAAGAGACUUGCCUGACGUGGGAGGUGGUGCAUGCGAAGGUACCCUGGGGCGUCAUCCUGCUCCUCGGAGGUGGGUUCGCCGUCGCCGAGGCCGCCAAAGUGUCCGGACUCUCGCUAUGGCUAGGACAUCAGCUCCAAUACUUCGCUGUGAUGCCCAAAGAGCUAAUAGUAUUUAUAGUUUGUCUCAUAACAGCCAUGCUCACCGAAGUUGCAUCGAACACAGCCACCGCCUCCGUCCUCCUGCCUGUCAUAAAAGACCUGGCACUUGGUAUAAACGUGAACCCGUUGUACCUGAUGCUUCCCGCUGCUGUGUGCUGUGCAUAUGCCUUCAUGCUGCCUGUCGCCACACCGGGCAACGCCAUCAUCCUUACCGCAGCUCGCAUGAAUACUAUAGAAAUGAUGCGCGCGGGAGCGGUGAUGAACCUCGUGUGCGUCCUGGUCAUCACCCUCAUGAUCAACACCCUGGGGGUCGUGAUCUUUGACCUGCACUCCAUGCCGACUUGGGUCAACUCCACUGUCACGGUCGUUCGCUGACCCUCGGCCUCCGUGACCUUAGGCGGACCAGAGCGAGCUCAUCAGUGAUUUUGCAGUUGCAAUACGUAGUGAUAUUGUUAGCUUCGAGUGCAUUCGUUCAUAAGGGAGUGCGAGUCCCGGAUGAAAUGUAAAUAAGUAGCUUAAAGCGCCGGUUGGACCGAAUGCACUAGUUUCGUUACAAAGGAAAAUCAGAGAUUCAUCCAGUAUUUGUUUUGUGAAUGUUAAACAGCAGGGAGUUUUUUUAAGAGAAUUUUAAAUCAUGAUUUUAAUUGUUGCUAGGAAAACAGUGGAGGAUAUAGCAUAUAUGACAAUCGACAAAUCCAUGUUAACCAUAUCAUAAAAGAAUAUUCACACAGACAGAAACACACACGCAUAUCUCACACACAACCAUACAUACAGCCGUACACCCAAAACCUACAUUAGAAAAGAUAAAAAGUAUUCAUGUGGGGAAGGCAAUAACCAAAGUAUUUUUGAAGUAUUUUAAAGGGACAGUAGUAAGCAAUGUCUUCUCUGAACAGACUACUUCCUGAUCGUAUUAUUUCAGUAUUCAUGCCUUGAUAUAU